UUUCUCCGCAGUCUAUGGCCCGCAGUCACCUUCAACUUGGGCCGCUCCGUCUUCACCCGCAUCCACCGCGACUUCAACAACCUCGUCUGGUCAAUGUGCGCCAUAUACGCCCUCGGCGACUAUGACCCAAAGAAAGGCGGCCAUCUGAUCCUCUGGGAUUGGAAGCUGGUGGUCGAGUUUCCUCCAGGCUGCGCCAUCCUGAUUCCAUCUGCGGCGGUUGCACAUGGGAAUAUCGCGGUACGGCCUUGGGAGAUACGCAAGUCUUUCACGCAAUAUUGUCCUGGAGGUCUCAUGCGGUGGUUCCGUUACGGAUGUAGGACGGAGGAGAAUUUUGAAAAACAGGACUAUGCGGGGUGGAAAGCGAUGAAGGCAUCGGCAGAACAGCGGUGGGUGGAGGCUUGCUCCAUGUUUUCUACCAUCGCUGGUCUGCGAAAGGACAUUAUCGAGCACUUACGGUUUGCGGACGAAGGAGGAGCGGAGUCUGUGGAUGAGAAUCCGGGAAUCGCGAUGGUAUAG